AUGCAGCGAAUUUUAUAUAAAACUCGUAAAUAUUGCACAAUUCUAAAGGAAGUGAGUAAAAAUCAAAAAUUUGACAACCCGAAGGAAAAGAAGUUGAAUUUUUCGGAACUAAAAUUUCCGUCGAAAGUUCCAAGUGAACCAAUAAAACAAAGUUUUCCAACAGAUGAAAAACCUGUAAUAGAUAACACAACUAUACAACUCCUUGAGCGUCUGGCUUUAGUUAAUUUAGAAAGUAAAGAAGCUUUGACUGCAUUGGAAAAAAGUAUAGAAUUUGCGGAGAAAAUUUCACACAUCGACACAACCAACGUAUUGCCACUAUAUACUGUCUUGGAGGAUCAAAACCUAUAUUUACGCGAAGAUUCUGUAACAGAAGGAAACUGCAGAGAAGAUAUUCUACGUAGUGCAACAGUUACUGAGGAGGAUUAUUUCGUCUGUCCACCCGGCAAUAUUCCACUACAACAAAAAGAAAAAGAUUUUACUGAUAAUUAA